UAUAUUUUCAUCAUUUUUUAUGUUUGUUGUGUGAACUUAUAACCUUUAGUUACGAAGAAAUCAUUUAAAAUGGAUCAUUUCUACGAAGUUUUGAACCAUUUCAGGACUGCAUGCAUAUUUGCUUAUGUCGCUCCCAGGCACGGUUGUAAAUAUACUGGUUACCUGCAAGGACCAAGGACCAAGGUGGAUUAGAGAAUUACUUAGCGAGAAAACCAAAUUUUGUCAUCAAAUUGAAUGUUUAAUAACGUCAAUCGAUCGAAUAAACAACGAUCCCGUAGUCAAAGAACGGCUCGAAAAACUUAAACAUUCUAUUGAAAGCUGUGUGGAAAAUUGUGGACGUGUUUAUAUUUAUGGUUCUCGUAUGUAUGGCAUUGCAAAAGAUGAUAGUGAUGUAGAUUUGUAUUUCGAUACUGGUGAUUGCUUUUCAGGAAAAAUCGCAGACGAUUACACGCGGCAACUACAACUCAUUGAUUUAUUUGUUAAAGCCGCGAAUAAAGAAUUUAUUGGAUUGGAAAUAAUUACAGAAACUCGAAUACCGAUCGUGCGCUUUACACAUGAUUCCACAAAUUUUAAUUGUGAUUUGCAAUUCAGGAGUGGUCUUGCUGUGCUUAACUCGGAACUUAUCAAAUUAUAUUUGUCCAUGGAUGAAAGAGUGCGUUGGGUAGUCAUCGCAGUUAAACAUUGGGCUGUAUCUUUCCAACUGUUAUGUGAUGAUUUUUCCACCUAUUCCCUAAUUUGGCUAGUUUUAUAUGUCAUGAUGCAAUAUAAAAUUGUUCCACCCAUUAUAGAUUUAUGGAGAAUGCAUCAGAAACAUGCACCUAUUUAUACUGAAGGUUGGGAUACACGUAUUUGUUUUAAUUAUGAUCAAUUAAAACCGAAAAAGUCUUCCAAAUCAAGUAUUUCAAAAUUGGAAUUACUUCGUUAUGUUUUUGAAUUUUACUCAGAAUCAAACUCAAUCAUAUUACAAAAGUAUGUGCUGUGUACUGUACUUGGUGAAAUACUUCCAAAAAAAACAUUUUACUCAACAUUUAUAACUAAAGUGAAUGCCAUAGACAAUUAUCAAUGUCAGACUGAGAAGUUUGAAAAAUGUGAAACUUUAAUAAACACUAAUUUUGGCAGUUUCAACAGAAUCGAACUGCAGAACCCAUUGAAAUUAUGUAACAAUGUUAUUCCUUGGCUCAGUGAUACAAAUAUGAAUGUAUUUAUAGAUUUGUGUACAAAAUCUGCCAACUCAAUGUGAAAUAGGUACUAUUGUACUAAUAAUUCAUUAAAUCUCAUAAUAUUUUAUCAGGUCAAAGUUCAUAAGUACCUGUAAUAACAAAUAUGAAAUAUAUAGUUAUAUUACAAUACCUAAUACAAUAACAUUCUUAUACUUUGUUCAUUAUAAAGUUUCUAAUUCUAAGGAUGGUCUAUAAUAAUUAUGUAUUUUAUAUUUCAAUAUUUGGCAAUUAUUAGAUAAUCUAGUAAAAAAUAUAAGUUUAUUUUUAGUUUAGCCUAUAAUAUUUGUGUAUCUACCUAUUUUACCUAAUAGCUUUAAGUUUUAACUAAUUGUAUUUAUUAAUAACAAUAUUAUAUUUUGAACUAAUCUAACCAACAUAUUUUGUGGGAUAAAUUAACCGUGCAGAGGAAUAUUUCUGUCUAGUGAUUUAAAUUGAAAUCGGGUUUUCAGGAGGAGCUAGAGAAUACUGAAAUACACAUUUAUUGACGAUUUUCAAAUUUUUAACACUUAUUGUGCGCAUACCCAAUAUAGCUUCAUAUUUUUGAAAUAGUAACACAUAUUUUCAAUAUCAUUUUUGUCGUGAAGGUAUAAUUUUUCAAAGUCAUUUUGACCUUUUGACCACGAAAUGGCUCUUUAACCGAAAUUUACCGAAGCAUGAGUUCAAAUUUCAAUUUAAAUGAUUAAAUGAUUGUAUUUUACAAAAAAUUUCCAAUUUUCCAUGCGAUAACCCACCUAGUACCCUGCAACCCAACAACCUCGUUAGUCGUUAUUGUAUUACAGACCCUUGAUUUUAGAGCCAAGGUCAAAUUUGACGGAGGGUUUUACAUCCUUGCAACGGGCAUCAGAUGUUUGGGGGGCAUCUGGACGCCGGAAUAACGGCUGCAUACUAGUUGAUUCCCGGGUACCUUUUUACCUGCACUGAUACCGUUGAGUAGAUUCCCUGAUCGUUAUAUAUUAUUUUCAAUAUUUAGUCAAAUAUUCAGCCUAUUAGCCUAACCCAAGAAACAGUUAACUUGGUUGAAUGUAUAAUCAAUGCUAUGAUUUAAUUUUAAACAGCUCCGUGGUAGUGACCGGAAAACCCAGGUUUGAUAAGGCGUGACAUGGACUUCUGCUUCAUAAGGUCACCAUAUUUUUUUUUUGACAUAAUUUUGAUCAUACGCUAUUUACAGUAUAUAAAAAAGUGUGUACGUGGAUGUCGCUCUGAUGUACAGUAGGUUACAAGUGGAUCACUAUACCUAUAAAUGUA